GCGCUGCAGGCUGAGCCUGCAGCAACCGGGCCCAUCGCCUGAACCUGCCCCUGCCCGAACGCAGCCUCACCGAGGGGCCGUGCCCCCCCGGAGGGGCUGGUGGGGCCCUGCCCUGGUCUGUCCCUGUGAGGCUGGUGGAACCAUUGUCGUCAUUAUGGCUUCGACCCCAACCUGCUAAAUUAAAUGGGGUCCCCGGUGCCCGUGGAACCCUGGGGCCGUGACCCAGGCCCCGUGUUCAGCGGAGUCACUCCUGAAAUCAUCGAGGACACGCUGAUGCACUUGGCCACAGAGAAUGAGCAGUACCUGAGCGAGCUGACGGAGCACGCCGGGAGCUUCAAGGACACGCGGAUCGUGGAAUUUAUAUUCCUUUUAUCUGAAAAAUGGCGCUUGGACCAAUCGACGAGGUACCAAGCAGUGGAGUUACUCGAAAGGUUUAUGAUCAAGCAGGUAGAACAGCUGUGGGAGUCCUCCAGUGGGAGUGUUAAAGGUGGUGCCCAAGGACAAGGGAGCAGCUGGACCUCUGUGAGGGAUCAGAUAGUCAACACCUUUGUCCUGCGACUCGUGUCGUGCAUUCAGCUCGUGAGCAAACUCUCCCUGCACUAUAGUAGAGUGACCAGUGACACAGCUUUAAAAUUUCUGCAAUCCUUAAAAUACUCUUACACUAAACAGGAGUUGCUGGAGUCAGAGCUUGCUGUUUUAAACACUCUGCACUUCCAAAUCAACGUGUCCACCCCAUUGGCCUACGUGGAAUUGCUUCUGGAGGUUCUAGGACACAAUGGGUGCUUGCUUCCUGCUAAACCCUUGCACCACAUGUGUGUGCAGCUGCUGGACUUCUGCUACCUGUCCAGAGAGACCAUCUACAACACUUUGCUGAAGAUCGCCAUCGAAAACUCCACACCCAGCAAGCUGCAGGUAGCCAAGUUUUUGACAGUGAAGGAAGAUUUCAUGCUCUUGGCUGUUGGAAUCAUCAGCACAGGCAUGUUCAUCCUGAGCCCUGGGCACUGGGAGCAGGUUGUGGAGCAUUUGAACUGUAUCACUGGCAUUACUCCACAAAGCAUCAAGGAGUUCUCGUACGCGGUGCUGAGGCGCAUCCUGGGCCGCACCGUGCCCAGGCAGCACCAUGGGAGCUGUGGGACCAAAGCUCCCAAAGGCAGGAUUCUGCCCCUGAAAUAGAACCACCUUGUCUGGAACUGUCACGCUGCUGAACCCACAGUUCCUCCUCUGUGACACCACCUGGGCUCCCAGCAAAGCUCGGGAUUACCUUUGGUCCUGAGCACCAGGGGUUCUGGAACAGCCUGUCAGUCAUGUGUGAAUUAGCAAAGCUCGUCCUGCCAGGCAUCACGCUCACGCUUUGAAGGGAGGCCCAGCAGCACAGUAGUGUUUAGAAAUGCCUCUUUGGGACCUAGAGGUUUAUUGUAAGAGGUGCAUCUUUUAAGCUGGGUCAAAGUUCCCUUUGACUGAAGAGACCCCUCACAGUAGUCAUGUCUGAAAGGUGCUGCUGUGCCUGGUGCUCAGCCACGACCAGGAUUGCUGGGAGCAGCUCUGACACCCAUGUUACAAACGGUGCUGUGCUGUCUCCACCUGCUGCUUUUCUAAAAUCCCCAUCUCCAGCUGCCUGUGACUAUUUCCCCUCUGCCAGCACUUGGAACACUUUUGCUCUUGCCCUACCACAGCCAGUAACAACCAGCAUUGUGACAAGGACAGAAUCCUGUCAUGACAGCAGGUGCCCAGUGAGUGCCAGGAUUUGUGCUGUGCCAGGCAGAGCUGAAGGAAAGCACUCAGAGCAAGGAAUAGUUUUAGUGUUUCCUCAGUGCAGCCCUGUGCAGGAAUAGGCUGCAGGAGGGAUUACAAACUGUUUUAAGUGGUAUCAAACCUUGUUUAAGCUCAGUGAUACAAAGAAGUGCUGAUGUGACUGGGAAAACUUUACUUCAAACUGUAGUUACUCUUUAAUGACCAGGCAGAAUUCUGAGAGUUUUUCCAUGUUAUUCCCUGUGUUUGUAACAUUGGCCAUAAACCCCAAAAGUACCAGUUUAGCAUCCAUUUAAUAGCUGAGUUUAUUCUGUUCAACUCAAUGAUACAACUUUGCAUAUUGCUUUUCUAUAAACUACUUGUAAUAAUGGCAUUUUAAAUAAAGUGUCUUGUGGAUUUUUGGUAUUGUAAA